AUGCCUCGAGAUCCCCUCAUCGGCCUCGUGGGCAAACCGUCCAGCGGGAAAAGCACCACGCUGAACAGCCUGACUGACACCAAAACCGCGAAAGUGGGCAACUUCCCCUUUACCACCAUCGACCCCAACAGGGCCAUAGGCUACCUACAGAUCCCAUGCGCCUGCUCACGCACCUCCAUUCCCGGGAAUGCUCCUCCGACUCCCAACGCCCCUCCGCCGCUCUCACUGCGAUGCAAACCCAACUAUGGCGCAUGCCAGCAAGGCACGCGAAGUGUCCCCAUUGAACUGCUGGAUGUCGCGGGUCUCGUGCCCGGUGCGCACGAAGGGAAAGGUCUAGGCAACAAAUUCCUCGAUGACCUGAGACACGCCGAUGCACUGAUUCAUGUGGUGGACGUCAGUGGGACCACUGAUGCAGAAGGCAAGGCGACGAGAGGCUAUGACCCAUACCAGGACAUUGCAUGGCUACGUUCAGAGAUUGUGAACUGGGUGCUGGGCAACUUAAUGUCGAGAUGGGGUUCGAUCAAGAGGCGACAUCUGGCGGUGAAAGCGACAGCUGUGGAGACCUUACAGAACCAAUUCUCGGGUUAUGGGUCUACAGCCGCUGUGGUAGCAAGGACGCUGGAUAAAAUGGGUCUGAAAAUUCCGUUGCAAGACUGGGAUGAUGAGACGGUGAAGAGCGUGGUCGAAGGCUUCAUUGAUGAGAAAUUCCCGACUGUUCUGGCACUGAACAAGAUCGAUCACGCCGAUGCUGAUAAGAAUGUGGCCAAAAUCGCGAAGAACGUGGAAGCAGAGCGCAUAGUUCUCUGUAGCGCCAUCUCAGAGGUCUUUCUCCGCCGACUGGUUCAGCAAGGCUUCGUUCGCUACAUACCCGGUUCCGAGUUCGUGGAUACGCGAGAGGAUCUGUUAGAGGCUGGCGAGGAGGACGGAGGUGGCUUGAAGGAGAUGGACGAUAAGCUGAAGCAGCGCAUCGAGAACAUGAAGGAUAUGGUACUGUAUCGAUUCGGCUCGACGGGCGUGAACCAGGUCUUGACGCGCGCCUCAGAACUUCUGGGACUGACGCCUGUCUUUCCUGUCAAGAACAUCAGUACCUUUGGCACUGGCGAGGCUGGAACAGCAGGUGGUGACCGAGCUGCCGUCUUUCGCGAUUGCGUGUUGGUGAAGAAGAACACCACUGUAGGUGACGUGUACAGGAAAGUGAUGGGGGACGCUCCCAUGGCCUAUGUCGAGACGGUCGGAGGGGUGCGGAUCAGCGAGAACGACAUUAUCGCCCCUGGGCAGAACGAUAUCAUAUCGUUUAAAGUCGGCCGUGCAUAGCAAUGCCUUCCGCUGGUGAAGUGACACACUCUACUACAGCAGCUCAGUGUUAGAUGCCAUCAGCACUGCGAAACUAUGCCGAGUGCUAUAUUGGCUUGCAUUUCAUUGCACAUACCGCGCAUCUCACUCGAAGCCUACCUAGGUGUGCAUAGAUGAGGCUAGAUACGAACUGAUGACAUGUGAAACGCUGUCUAGGCUGAACUGACUGGAUGUUUUGGGCAUUGCGCCUGCAUUGGUGGGACUUCAGACAAGCUGCGAAAUGCAAGACUCUUAGCCAUCGCUGCCGCUCCCUGCCUCGAAACUAUACAUAAGCCAACUG